CUCUUAUCGCGUCGGACGAUAUUGUGUUCGUCUGCUUCUGCCGCUUUCUAAGCACGUGCAGGUUUUUUCGUGUGCUCUGCAGUUAGACUUUCUUACUGUGCCCGCGAAUGUUCCGGCAAUGUCGAAAAAACGCUGAGGAAAGGACACAAGGCGUGCUGCUCGGCUGUGCGGUGUGGUAUCUCGGGGAGCAGCACAAGGAUGAAAUUUUUCCGUUUCCCAGCGGACGAAAGCUGUGCACCCUCGUCGUGCUGAUUGCAGUUGCCACGGCGUGCGCUGGCUACUACGGCGGCUACGGCCACGGCUAUGGCCACGGAGGCUACAGCCAUGCUAUCACCCACCAUUAUGACAACCAGAGGGCACACUACGGCUAUGGAGGAUACGGACACGGCUAUGGGGGAUACGGCGGAUACGGACACGGCUACGGACACGGCUUCUACGGAGCGAUCAAUUCUGAAUCGGUGUGGACGGCCAAGCCCUCCAGUGCAUACCUGCGCAGCUCCGCGAACGCUGAACAGUCCCAGAAGAGAGGCGGUAUAUAUAAGCCCGACGACCAGCCAGUCGCAAGAACAGUGCUCGCCACAACACCCCAGCAGUUCACUAUGAAGGCUCUCCUGUGCAUGUUGGUCAUCCUCGUUGUCGCUGCCACGGCAAGCGCUGGCUACUACGGGGGAUACGGUCACGGACAUGGAGGCUACAGCCAUGGUAUCCCGCACCAUUACGAUAAUCAGAGGGCACACUACGGCUACGGAGGCUAUGGUGGCUACGGAGGAUACGGCCGCGGCUACGGCGGCUACGGCGGAUACGGCGGAUAUGGUGGAUACGGCGGCUACGGCCACGGAUUCUACGGAUAGGAUCUUCAACCGCUGACUGAAGUGUGAUGUGUGGAUGACGUGAUCACCGACAAUA